CAUGAAUGGUCUAGCAACUUAAUGUCGUCGUCAACAGCCUACUCUUAGGAGGAGGAAUUUUGUGUUCACUCGAUUCGACAAAAGCGAGUUGGAUGUGUUUGAAACGUAUUUUCCAUUUGCUAUUUUUCAUAGUCGUGAAUGCCCACCUCCUCGAGGCGAGCCAGCUCCUAUCCUAUCCUAUUUCUUUCACGUCUUUUCGUCGUAUCUGAAUGUCUAGUCGUUCACGAGCGUUGAGAAGACGUCAGUGAGCAGCAUAGAGAAAAUAGAGCGAAGCUACGGCAUCGUCGGAAAGUCAACAUAGAGAAACAGGCUAUGCCUCCUCUACUCUCGCCUUCUUUCCCUGAAGAAAACCUCGGCUCCUAGCACCUCCCGACUUCGCCCUCCGCAAAAGCCUCCACGUUGUUAUUUUCCUCUCGAUGUAAUUUUCCUCUGCAUCGUCCUUUGCUCAAGUAAUCUCUUUCUUACUCUGAUACGAUCGAUGACCCGUUAUCCUGACACGUCAUCCGCUUCGACAAUUUUUGCGCACCCAUAAUAACUCUGCACACCUCCAUCGUUCUCUCGUUACAACCUACUUCCACAAACACUCUGCACACCUCCAUCAUGCUCUCGUUACAACCUACUUCCACAACGUCCACAAAAACCUUUUAUAGACCUUUUAUUCUCAUAGGAGAUGAGGUAAAACAAAAUGGUGCUGGAAGAAGCCUUUAUCCAAAAAUGCCGGGAGGCAUUCAACACAUUCGAUGCGGACGGGAGUGGAACCAUCGAUACACAAGGUAUUGUUGCUUUUAUCGUGAUUUUGAGGAAAUCAGAUUACGUUCUUGUGGUUGUGUAGAGGUCGUUUUGGUUGAAAUGAUCUAGGAUGCAAGGAUGAUAGAAUUCAUCUUCUACCACUUUCGUGAAACUACGAUCAUCAUGUUUCCACCAAAAAAUACAUUGAGCUCACAUCAAUUCAUCCGACAGCUUAUCAAAACAACCUACCACGCAGAAAUGAAGCUCCUCCUGGAGUCGAUUGGGGAGAGUUUGACAGAGGAAGAGCUCUUCCGAUUUAUGGCUGAUGUUGACGAGGAUGGGACAGGGGAAAUAGGUAUACUGGACAUUUUUUCGUGGAGUUCUCUGAGGUUUUCGUUGAUGAUGAUGUGUGACUACUUUGUUCAGAGAACGAAGACAAUUGAAGUAAAGAUCGCCUAGAACAUUUUGAUUUGAUUUUUGUGCUUCCCACCUUCAGAAUUUGCGGAGUUCUUACGAGCAUUCGAAAAGCAGAGAGGGGUUAACGUUGCACUCGAAGACGAACUUGACACCAUCGAUGCUUUCGUGGCAUUAGGUACAACUACUACUGGCAUUACGGCGCUCAAAGCACUAAGUAAAACAACCGGUUAGUUUUCAUCUCUACAAUUCUAGGCUUAUCCCGUGCUACUGUAAGAGAUUUAGAUGCCCAUAGGGUAGGAACAAAAGUAGGCUUUACGACCAAUGACCACUAUACAAACUACAGGAGAACUACCUCUACUCUCAAUCGAUCUCCUACUUCUCACGAAUCUACAGGCGGCAACGAAGAUAAGACGGGCUUUGUGGAACAGAAAAGGUUGGUAGCAGUAGUGAAGGAGGAGUUCGGUAUGACAAUAAAAAUCGACCGACUAGUCGAAGAGCUCGAUAAGGACGGCGAUGGAAAACUAUGCUACGAAGAGUUUGCGGCUUUGUUCAUCUAA